GAAACAAAUCGACCUACCUUCAAUUCUCUUCCUUUCCGAUCUAUAAAAAUCCCUAGCUCCGCAUGAUCUCAUCUCCCGUAGCCCUACUGGAAUCCCAUUUUGGUUCGUGCCGGAAAAGAAAAACGAGUCACGUCGUAAACCAUGUCCAACGUCCCCACACCUCUCCGUGACUCCUCCCUCGCCCUCUUCCGCCUCGCCAUCUCCAGCUCCGAUCCCUGGCCUUUCUCUCUCUAGCUCCUGAUAAUUCUCUUUCUCUCUCUCUAUCUAUCUCCCCCGUUGUCUUCUCCUGCUCUGUUUCUGGUUCGCUUGGCUGCAUGAGAGCGGCUGGGAAUCAUCAAGAAAAAGAGGCAGCGGCUGGAGAAAUCAAGGUCGUCUGGAAAUUAUUCCGAUUUCACAUGCCGCACCUGGGCGGCGGCCACCACGAGAAGGAGGUGGAGGAGGGAAAGCCACCCAGAAAGGGGUGGAUGGCGUUGAGGGUGGGACCCGAAGGGGAGGAACAACGACGGUUCGUGGUGCCGGUGGCUUGCCUCUCCCAUCCGCUCUUCGCGGAGCUUCUGGAUGAGGCUGCCGCCGAGUACGGGUAUGAACAGACGGGGCCUAUCGUCAUCCCCUGCGCCGUCGGCCACUUCCGCCACGUUGUCCACGACGUCAUCGAAGAUGGCUACCGCCACCACCACCGCCACCGCCUUCAUCUCUUUGCCUGCUUUGCGGCUUGAGGAAGGGCAUUGCAGUUAGCUUUGGAUCGAUUAAUGUCGAUAGAAAGAUGCAUGGGAUUAAAAGAGUUGAUCAAUAUAAAGAUUGAAUUUGUUAUAAAUUAUUUUGUAUUUAAUUUCCAAUAUUGUUGAAUUGUAUUAUACUUGUGAUUGAUAUUACGCGAGAUGAUAAACAUGUACUAGGUUUUUACUUCAAUUCUGAAUAUUUUUAAUAGAAAGACAUA